ACGCACCCCUUGUCACGUGAUCUGUAAAUGCGGAAAUGUGAAACAUGCCUACACAUCAAGUGUAGGCUAAAACAGGUCAUUUGCGUUUGCGACGGCGUCUUGUGCGAUAAAUGUAAACUUAUCGCAUUUACCAUUGUUUUUAUAAAACAGUUCGGUGACUGUCAAAUUUAUCCGCUAUGAUGCGCUCUAUUGCUUUUAUGAUAGCACUUUGCAUCACAGAAUCUCUCCUAUCACAGGGGAGCUGCAAAGUGCAAACCAAGAAAAUGCUUUUUAAAAAGACAAAGAUUAUGGAUUUCGACUGGAAGAAUUGCGGGAAGCCAGACGAUCCAGCUGUUCUGAAGUUGCUAACUCUGUCGCCCGAUCCUAUUGUUAUUCCUGGAGAUUUGAUGGCCAGCGCGUCCGGGUCCACUGAGGUGGAACUUUCCUCGCCCCUUGCUCUGAAUGUAACACUGGAGAAGGAAGUGGCUGGUUUCUGGGUCAAGGUGCCAUGUUUGGAACAAAUAGGCAGUUGCCAUUACCCUGAUGUCUGUGACCUUCUCAACAUGGCGAUUCCACCAGGACAGGACUGCCCAGAGCCUCUCCACACCUAUGGUCUACCCUGCCACUGCCCCUUCAAAGCUGGGGCCUAUUCUUUGCCAGAGUCUGACUUCUACUUGCCUGAUGUGGAUCUGCCCUAUUGGCUAACUAAUGGAAACUACAGAGUGCAGGGAGUUCUGGGAUCCUUGGGAAAAGAGUUGGGUUGCCUCAAAAUUGCCUUGUCUCUUCACUCAAGUAACUAAAUUAGGAUUAUUAAUGCACUUUGUUGUCAGUUGUGGUUUGUACACUGGUCACACUAGUCUAAGGUGAGUCAGACCUUGUUGUGGAGAUGUACAAAAUUAAGAUACUCAAUAAACGAGAAACUAUUUUAUCAAUGGAAUAGAAAUAACAUCUAUGGUGUUAUAGAAAGUUACGGCUCUACAGAAUCCUUAGGGAUUGUAUUGCAAAUGUGCACUGUCCUGCUUGGGAAUAUGUGUCAGUGGGGAAAAUGCUACUGUUGCAUUUGACAAUGGGUGAUUCACAUUGCGGUACUGUUAAGGGAACUUUUCAUCUCAUGAAGCCAAUUACAAAGAACCUGAAAUUGGAGCUGUAUUUUGUCUUUGUUGCCUUUUUAUUUUUUUUACUUGUGCAAGUUAUUGACAGACAACAGUAUAUGUUACUCAUUGACUUACUUUAUAUCCUGGGUAACAAUCACUGGAUGAGUAGCUUUAAAGUAGCUUUUUUUCAUGAGUUGUUUAUUGUGCCAUGCUUUUUUAUCUGAAGCUCUCAUGAUUAUUCAUCAGAUGUUUUUGUAGUUUGCUCCUUAAUUACACUACUCUUAGUCUAAGGUAGCCAUAAUCAGCUUGUUGAAUUGACCUUUUGGUAAAGGGAAUGCUGUUGUAAUUCAUUUGUAUGGAAAAGAAGGCUUCAUGCCUAGGGAGUCAGAUGGCUGAGCGGUUAGGGAAUCGGGCUAGUAAUCUGAAGGUUGACAGAUCGAUUCCCGGCCGUGCAAAAUGACGUUGUGUCCUUAGGCAACGCACUUCACCCUACUUGCCUCGGGGGAAUGUCCCUGUACUUACUGUAAGUCGCUCUGGAAAAGAGCGUCUGUUAAUGACUAAAUGUCAAUUUAAAAUGUAAUGUUGCGUUGACGCAAUGCUACCUUCAUUGAAUCAUUGUUCUAUGUUGUGUCUGAAACAAAUUUCUACUUUACAAACCCAUAGAUUUAUGCAUUUUCUGAAUAAACAAAUAAUAGUG